GACGACGCAGAUUACCAGUGGCACUCUGCAUCGCGACGCCAAGAGCGUGGAGGUGGCUAUCGCACCCCGCCGGGGCAGCACCGCACUGGUUUGCAACGUUGGCACUACGACGACUUCGACCGCGCCCGGCACAGCUCUGACCGCCUUUGGGCGGAUAUGGAAGACGAGCACGACGACGCAUGGCACCGCGCCGAGGCUGAUAUCCAAGGUUACCGUGCUCAGCGCUACGCCGACGGGCCGCGCGGCAGCCAGGCACCGCACCGCCCGCGCGGCGCGGCAUGGGUCAACGCACGCCCUGCCGGCGCUGCUUUCCCCCCAAUCCCUCCCCCGCACGAGGUCCUCGAGGCCUACAGAUCUUUGGGCUAUGCACUGCCCAGCCGACGGCGCCCGCCACUGCCGCACAGCAGGUACUUGCACCGCGUUUUUUUGCUGCGCUUGUGUGGGUUUCGUUGGCAUGGCUUUGCGCAGCUCUGGCAGCCGGCCACUGGCUCAGCAUCUGCAUCACUGGACUCUUCCUUUCAGCUGGUGGGCGCCUCUCAGCAAAGUGCGGCCACGGAGAUAGUCGAUCUGACUGGACAUCGGCUUAAGCUCAGCCCGCACGGGGACCUCCCAACAGUGGCAGAUCUAGCAAGGCCCCGCAGCAUGCAGGCCGCACAGAUACCGGCGGCCAAGACAGCUUGCGCCGCCGCGCCGGUCGAAGGCCCUUCGCUGCCCGCCAUGCCUUUGCCGAUGCUUCUCCCACCCAGGCCUCUCCGGGUCAAGGUCAACAGCACGAGACAGUCGGCAAUGCUGCGACACCAAGCCUGUGGCACAGCUUGGUGCCAACUUCUUCACAAACUUCACUCGGCAUCGAAGCUCUGGGUAGCAUUGCAGCCAUGCAAAGACUCGACCGAACACAUGUUGGCGGUGCUCAUUAACUUUAGACCUAGCACCUUGGAAAGGUACCUUCGCGCGGCUACGCUUUUCCUUUCUUUCAUGCAAAGCUCAGCGCUGGAUCUUCAUGCGGUCAGCCUCGCCGGGCUCUUGGAUUUUUUGGCUGCAGCACGGGCCUCGAGUACCCAGGAUCGUGAGAUUCAUCAAAUGUCAGCCAACUCGUCCAUAAAAGCCUUACGUUGGCUCGCCAAGCACUCGCAAUGGUGCAGUCUAGACUCCGCACUGCAUAGGCCGGUGAUAUCGGCCUACGCAGCGCGCGGCACUGCUAAAGAUCGCAGGGAAGCACUGCCUGUGCCCUGGUGCUUGGUAGCAGCUUGGGAAAUGCGUGUCUGCGGCUCCGCCACGCCGGUUACCACUACACUUGCCCUGGGGGCCGCUCUGCUGUGCAUUCACGCUAGCAUUCGCUUUGGAGAUGUUCAGCAUAUAGACUUCUCCAGUCUCUCGCUUUCCCGCGCAGCACUGCAUGGCAUCUGCUUUGCCACGAAAACUACGAGCACUGGCCAGCCCUUUGCAGUCUCCGUGGCAGGGCUCACGGGACGCAGUGCACAAUCCUGUUGGACUCUGCACUGGUUAGCUGCUCUGCACAGUCAGGCCCAGGCUUUCGGAUGCCCGGACACCUUUGACUUCUUGUGGCCAAACGCGGCCCCGGAGCUCAGCGCCCUGCCAGAGCUUGCGCCGGCGUCGUAUUGCAGCGCAAUGCUCACGAUGCGCUGGGCGGCGACGCUCCCCUGGCUGCCGCCUGGCCAGGGACUUUUGCCGGCAGAAGCCAAGCAACUCACCUUGCACAGCCUGAAAUCUACUUGCUUAGCCGCAGCAGCACAGCUACGCAUAGACAAGGAAGCCCGGCUCCUUCAGGGCCAUCAUCGAGAUUCGGCUGCACUUUACAGUCGCAACGACACCUUCGCCAGCAUAGAUGUGCAGGCGAAGCUCUGCACCGCAAUGGCUGAGGGAUGGCGCCCCGAGCGCAGCAUGAGCAGAGGUGGCCAGGCCCCCGUGCCCGAACCACCUUUUGCAUUGCCGCCUGGCCCGGUCCUGCAAUCGCUCUCGGCCGCGGAUUUGCUGGCGGGCGCCUGGUCGUACUUUACUACCAGGCAUGAACAGCUGCAGGCAGCGGAGGCCGCGCUCGCCCAGCAAGCACAGCCUGAGGUUCUAAGCACGCAGUUAGAAGAAUCGCAGCCUUCCCCGCCUCCACAGCCCACCCCCAUCGAUGUGGAAGCCGAAAUGGUCGAAGAAGCGGCUCUGGCCAGGCAAGCAUCGGACAGCUCAGCGCAAUCGUCGGUGUCUUCAUUGGACUCGGAAGGAGACCAGGCGCCGCUAGAGCUUCGCAUGCCUGGAUCGGCCUGCAAAUACGCACGCAAUGGCCCUUGGGGGCGCUGGCACGCUGUCCGCUCUGAUGCCAUGAGUACACAGCCCCGCACAGCAUGCGGCAUUGCACUUGGCAUUGCAGGACAGUACUCUGAGUUGGGAACAUUUGCACCGCCCGGACGCGAUCGGGUCACCGGACUCGCAAUCAUCCGCAACAGCAACGCGCUGCAGGAGCUUCUAAGUUCCUUUCAGGUUCCAGACAGCCUCUGCGCAGCACUGGCAGAGAAGGGCCUAACCUCAGUACCGGACUUUGCGUACGCCUUUAGCAAAGCAUCGGAGCUUGACUGCUUUUGCUCCGAGGAUUAUGCUCAACUGUGGCAAGACUUGCAGGUUGACGACCCUGCGCACAGCCCCGCCAUGGCCAGACUGCGUCGGGCGCACGUCCGGGCUCAAGCCGUUUCCUUGGCGGAGGACGCUACGCCUCAGCCUAGCAUUGCCCGGCCUCCGGCACAGCCGCAAAUCAACUCCUGGGCUGAGCACGCACCGCCUCGCCUGGACGCAUCGGUCAUUGCACAGCUCACCAAAGAUUUUAAGGCGAACUGCCCAGGCGAGUUUCUGGAUAGCGACGCAAUGCCUAGCGUCAGACUGCUCAGCAUCGUACAUAAGUGGUUCGCACCGCAAGGCACCAUCACAUGGGUGCCCUGGCAGCUCCGCUUGUCGCAUAAGCAAUACCAAGAGAUAAUAGAGUCUAAAUCCUCUAAGAUGCUACGCACUGAAGCACAGUUUCUUAGCACCGCACUGUUUGAUGAGACUCCUGAAAUGCCUGUGGAGCACCUCAGGCUCAGCCCCGCAUGGCUCAGCAGAAUCCAGACCGUCUUCCGCAAUGCCAUCGCACUGUGCAAGGGCGCGCACCUAGCCCGGCUCAAGGCACUGGACAAAAAGGUGUUGGACGCAGCAACGCAAAGCCCUUCGGAUCCAUCGUUGGACGGUUGGACGCUUGACGACGCCCUGCACGAGCUCACCAUGGUCAGAGCCGAUGUGGCAAACCUGUUGCAGCUCCGCGCUAAGCCGCCUCCACCGCCUACCCGGCCGCCCCGCAAAGACCCCAAAGGCACUGGCAAAGGCAAGACAGAUGGCAAGACAGGGAAGGGCAACGCCACGCCCACCCUCAAACGCAAGACGCCCGGGGACAGCACCGCCAAGGAAAUUAAAGCGGGAGACCUCGUCUCCCAGCACGGCGACCGCACGUUUUGCAUCAGGUGGAACAAAGGCACAUGCCGCAACGCACAGUGCAAAUACCUGCACGCAUGCGCACUGAAGCUUCCGAACGGCGAGCCCUGCGGGCGCAGCCAUCCCGCUUGCAAGCACAAGAGCCCGCCUGAGCCGGCGUCGUCCUGA